UAACCCUGCAGUUCCUCGGUGUGACCACUAGAUGACAACACAAUACAUUCACGGAGGCUGUAGGUGGAGCCAACACCGCUACCUGUCCGUCGGCAGCAGCUGAUCUGAGUGAAAAUGAUUCACACUGGCGUCUUCCUGAAGUCGCGUCCCUGUAUGGAGGGACACCGGUGACAGCAGCUCGAAGACUUUGUGUUUCGUCAAAUGGUAACCAGGACCACCGGUUUCAUAUCAGACCCGUCUGGAUGGAGGAGACCCUGAGACUGUGUCAUGGCCAUGGAGAGCAGUGUGUCAAAUGCCUGCUACUACAACCAUAAUGUCACCUACUUUUACGACUGGGUGGGUAAAAAAGUCAGUGUAACAUGGACGGCGCGGGACUUUGUGGUUAUUGGACUGGGCUUGACUGUGUGUCUCAUCGUAGUCCUGGCCAACCUGAUGGUGAUGGUGGCCAUCUUCAUGAAUCGCCGCUUCCACUUUCCCAUCUACUAUCUCCUGGGCAACAUGGCUGCAGCGGACCUGUUUGCCGGUAUUGCCUACGCGAACCUGAUGUUGAACACGGGCCCCUGGACCAGGACUCUCACUAAGGAGCAGUGGUACAUCCGCGGGGCUCUGAUUGACAUCAGCCUGACAGCCUCUGUGGCCAACCUGCUUGCUGUCGCCGUGGAGCGCCACCAGACCAUUCUCACCAUGCAGCUGCACAGCACGAUGCCCAAGCGUCGAGUGGUGCUGCUGAUAGUUUGCAUCUGGGCUGUGGGCAUCAUCAUGGGCCUGGUGCCCUCCAAGUUUUGGAACUGCGAGUGCAGCCUAAAAGACUGCUCCACUGUCGCUCCUCUCUACAGCCGCCGCUUCCUCAUCUUCUGGGCAGUCCUAAACUUGCUCACUUUCUUCAUAAUGGUGGCCAUGUACACUCAUAUCUUUAUCUAUGUAAGAUACAGGAGCCAGUACGUGUCUCAGCAUACCUCUGAGAUGCAGCAGAGGCAGACUGUUAUCAACCUGAUGAAAACUAUUUCCAUGGUUCUGGGCGCCUUUGUAAUCUGCUGGACCCCUGGCCUCAUCAUUCUCUUACUGGACGGGCUUUUGGGUAAAGACAGCCACGCCAACGACUAUGAGAAGUUCUGUUUGGUGAUAGCUGAGUGCAACUCUCUGGUCAACCCCAUCAUCUAUUCCCUGCGAGACCACGAGAUGCGGAGGACAUUCAAGCGGAUCCUGUGCUGUCUGUGCUGGAGAGGUGUCGCUCAGCAGAGGGAGCCUCCACCUGUAGAGAUUGACUCACCUUUAUCAGAGGAAACGCUUGGCUGUGUCCAGAAGUCAGAAGAUCAGGCCUUGUGUAUGCCUCAGGACACCAACAGUAAAGAAGACAGUUGGACAAUGCCUGGGGUAUGAUGGCUGGAGGCCUGCAGUAUGGAGAAAAAAAAAACUGAUUUUACUUUCAUCUAACCAGGAUAAAUUGUGUAAAAUUCUUUCUUUUGUUUUGGGAUUUUUUGCUGGACAUCAGUAACUUCCGCUAAACUACCUCUCUUCCAUAUUUGCUUUUGUAAUACUGACUAACACAAAAUAUAUAAAGAUGGAUCAAUUAAAAAGCUGAAAAGGAUUUAAUCCAUGUUGGACAAAUGCUGUCAUU